AAUUAAGGAACAUUGUUAUACAGAGACCAUUUAUAACUAACAUUUUCUUUGUGUUUUGGUCGUUUUUAAGAAGAUUUUUUGUAAUUUACCUAAAGAAAUGACAAUUUAUCUUGUUAGCAGGGACCAAAUUGGUCAAAAAUAGGGACACGUGGAACAUUUCUUGUAUAAAACUGGGACAAAUGACUUGUUUUGGAUAAAUCCACUGGGACAGGGGACACAGGGCUCAAAACUGGGGAAGUCUAGUCGCUCUAGAUUACGUUCUUGGUGUUUUCUGGUGGCGGACCCCGCUCAGCUCGCGCGCUCGUGUUUCUGUUUCGUGGCUCGUGCAGUUGACGCAGAGAGCGUCACGCACGAGGAGCAGACGCAGCGGCGGCACGUCCUCGUGGAAAUAAAUCUUUAUUUUGUUUUUACGUGGCAAAACGGAUUUAAUUUAAAGCUCGAAGGAUGCACGACGAGACGUUUGACUCGACUUUAACAGACUGACGAGGAGGAGGAGGACCUGGACCUUGGAUCAGACCUGGACUUCCUGCGGUUUUGGCUCCAGUUUUCCUUCCUGCACAGAGGGGCCCCUCGCUGGAGUGAUGAAGCCUCAGGAGGUUGAACUCAUCAGUGAAAUCUCAAAGCUGCAGAGGAUGGUGUGUGAGCUGAAGGUGGGCUUCAGCAGCGCCCUGUCCGAGCUCAGUCAGAUCCAGAACUCGGACUCGUGUCUCAGGGACGAGCUGGAGGAAAACGCCCGGAGCUGCCACAAGAGGGCGCACCGCCUGGAGACGCUGGUGCAGGCGCUCAGGGAGGAGCUGACGGUGAUGAGGGUUCAGAUCCUUCAGUUGUACAGCCACAGACACAGAAACCCCCCCAAACCCCCAGACCGUCUCCCUCCAGAACCAGAUACAAGUCCAGACCCGAGUCCAGACCCAAGCCCAGACCCCGGACCAGCUCUAGACCUAAACCCAGACCGGGACCAGGACCUAAACCCAGACCCGGACCAGGAUCCAAACCCAGACCAGAACCAGGAUGUAGACCAGGACCAGGACUUGGACCCUGUGAGGUCUCAGUGCUGCUCCGGGUCCAGAGGGAAACUUCUGCUGCACUGUUUCCUGCAGGGACUGAAGGCCGGACUCAGCCAAGAGACAGACGCCCGACACCAGGUGGCGAUGCAGCUGCUGCACUCGGAGUGGGAGUACGUCUCGACCCUGAACCAACUCUACGAGAAAUACAGAAGCCCCCCGGACCACCACCUCUGCCCACAGCCCUAUCAGACGUUCGUGGCGUUUGUGGAGCAGGUUCUUCAGCGGCAGCUUCUCUUCAGAAACACUCUGCAGGAGCGACUUUCGGCCGAACACUGGAAAUCUCUGAUCGGAGACAUUCUGGUCCAGCUCAUCGGACACAACGACUCUUCGUUCUCGGACAUGUACCUGGGCUACACCACCACUCUGGCCUCGUUCCUCUCUCUGGAGUUCGGCCGCCUCAGCCAGCAGAUGGCGCACUGCCCCAAAACUCAGAGCGGUGACCUGGAGCGAGAGGAGAUGAAACUUCUGUCGCUGCUUUUGGCUCCAGUCUCCAGGAUCCACGGAUACCUGAGCCACAUCCAGAGUUUGUUGCAGUGGACGGGGAAAGAUCAUCCCGACUGCAGCCUCCUGCUCGGGUCGGAGCGAGCGCUCAGGUCCCUCCUCAACCAGUGUCACCAAAUCCUGGAGCGCGACGUCCAGUGGGAGCAGCCAGGAGGGGGCGCCACCAGUGACGCGGUGGCGCCCUCUGGUGGAGGCUCUGGGAACAGCAGAGAGGACAAACCCGGAGCAAAGAGAGACAAAGCGGUUCUUACAAACGGGACGUGUCCGUCUCUGCGAGUCGAGUGUUUGUCCUGCAGCCCCGUGCGACGAAAAUCCACCGCUCCCCCCAAACCCCCCCACGACCCCCCAGAGACUGCCCCCACUGCCCCCCCUCCGUCUGCUCGCCCCCCGAGACCCGCCUCAGUGCUGGGGCGAGACCAGCGACUCGGGCCAGGGCACGUACCACAGCCACGCCACGGCCGGCGCCGCCGCCGAACCGCGAGACGCCGACACCGACGCCGACGACGACACGUUCGAUUAUUCAUCUGUGACGACCUGCAGCCCGGACGGGACGCUGCGGCGGGACAGUGCAGAAGAAGAAGAAGAGGAGGAGGAGGACAGCCACGUCCCGGUGCUGCUCAAACCCCGAGAGAGGACGGUUUGUUUGCGAUGGCAGAUUCCACGACUGACGCCGCAUCCGCCGCUCAGGAGGACGGGGGAGGAGGGGGGCGGGGCCAGGAGGGCGGGGGAGGAGGGGGGCGGGGCCAGGAGGCUGGUGACGCUCAUGACGGGGUCCCCUCCUCUGCACCCUAAAAGUGCUUUCAGACCGAUUUGGGACGACGCCACGAAACAGUUGGACUUGUCUCCGGAGAGAGAGAGUCGACAGGGUUUUGUCCCGAUUCAGGCACCGAGGCCGAGUUUCCACCUGUUCAACUCUCACAGAGAAAAUCUACG